CACCAUCCGUAUACAUGAGUAGACAAAAGACAUUAUAUGCCCUAAAUCAAAGUAUAUAAAUACACACCUCUAUACUAUGAGUUUUUUAACCAAACCUAAUCAUCAUGAGUGGUAGUAGAGAUCCUCUUGUUGUUGGAGGUGUAAUUGGUGAUGUUUUGGACCCUUUUCAAACUUCUAUACCUAUAACAGUUUCAUAUCAUGGUAAAGAAGUUAACAAUGGUGCUGAAUUCAAACCUUCUCAAGUUGUUAAUCAACCAAGAAUUAUUGUUGGUGGAAAUGAUCUCAGAAACUUCUACACUUUGGUGAUGGUGGAUCCAGAUGCACCUAGCCCUAGUAACCCAAAUUUCAGGGAGUACCUUCAUUGGUUGGUGACUGAUAUUCCUGCAUCUACUGGGCCUACUUUUGGUCAUGAAGUUGUACCUUAUGAGAGUCCACGACCGUCGAUGGGGAUUCAUCGUAUCGUCUUUGCGAUUUUUCGUCAACUCGGUAGAGAGACAGUGUAUGCUCCCGGAUGGCGUCAGAAUUUCAACACGAAAGAAUUUGCAGAACUUUACAAUUUAGGAUUGCCUGCUGCCGCUGUUUAUUUUAACAUUCAAAGGGAAUCCGGCUCUGGUGGAAGAAGGUUAUAAUGAUCAUGAUUAUCUAAUUUGAAGAAAAAAAAUAUAGAAUUUCAAUAAAAAAAAGUUGUAAAAUCAAUUUGUUUAAGAAAUUUUGAAUUGGAAAUUAACUCUCCCAUACUCAAUAGGGAAUUAUGCGUGUUCUCCAAUUUCAAACUAUUCUGAAAACUAAUAUUCACAAUGGUGGCAAUAAGGAGAUUUAGGGUCCGUUUGACCUAGCUUUUUUUGAGCUUAUGCAAUAUAAAUUAAGUUUUAUG